AGAAAUGCUUGGGUAGGUAAAAUGGGUCUGCUUAAUAAAUGAAAUUGACAAAUUUAGGUAAAACAGACGAUUUUCAACCUCACAGUGGCACUAAACCGAGACAUCCAGCACAUCAUAUGUGACAAUUGAAUUUCAGGUACCUGAGCCUGUACGCCGAGUCAUUAGCCGACUUACAACACCGACAAAUCGGUCAGUGUAAAACGCAGACUGCAGGUCGUGGGUUAAAGGCAGACUGCGGGUACAUACUUUUUAAAUUUAUAUCGUGUUAUUUCCAUUUAUCGAGUGCUAACCGGAAACAGGGUUUUCAGGCUCGGUUAGAACCUGAAGGUUCAAGUAAUCGGGAUUUGACUGUUUAUCCACCGGAAAAGUGUGAAAAGCAGCAUAUGCAGUGUUACACGAAAAGAAGCAAGCUGGUAACAAACAUUUUCAGUUGUGUUAUUUCUUAAAUUCAGGAUCGGCGAAUGUGUUAGCUACAGCAUCUACGAUCCUGAGAUCUCCAUAGUCAGUUGAAAAUGAACACUGAGGUAGAUUGCCCGGUUUUGCUGUCGCCUGAUCAAAUGCCAAACUCACACUUAUGCCAACCUGACCCGACGUACAUUUGUUUUCUUCUACCUGAACGAAAAGACUCACUAUAUACCGGGAGUUCAACUGUGCUGUGACAUUUUCUCGGUCACGAUUCUGAGAAAACGAAACCGGAAGUCACUGGAUUUCCAGGAAUUAACCGCAAUGCAAAUAAUUUUAAGCAUUUCAAAUGAAAGAUCGUUACUAAAUCGCGCACAUUCUAGCCAAUUAAACUUUUAGCUCUUUGCUUUCACCUGUUGAUAUAUUUUGAAAAGUUGGGGCCUGUAGAAUCAUGGGGAAAGCAGAUCAAAAAGAAAGAAUAACAAGCUACAAAGAAGCACGCGGAUUAGCUUCCGGUCUCCAGGGCCACUCCGAUUAAUUCUCCGUCAUGCGUGAGACCUGCUCACCAGUAACACCUCGGGGAUUUUGGCGUCUUCGCGUGAUGGCUCAAAGUAGGAGCUUUUUCGACGAAGUUAAGAGGGAAUUAGAAUGUUCAGUGUGCAAGGAGCAGUUUAGUGAAAGCAACGAACCGAAAAUACUGAAAUGUCUUCACACUUUCUGCAAAUCCUGUCUGGAAGCUUGGCUGCGACAGCAGGGUGGAGAAGCGUUGAGUUGUCCAACCUGCCGUCAGAUCACCGAAUGCCCGAGCAACAACAUCAGCAGCCUUCCAUCCAACCUGUUUUACAAGCAGAUGGUGGACAUUGUUAAGGCUUACAGCGGACUAGGCCAGGAAGAUUCACCACACUGUGGAAACUGCGACGUAAGAAAGUCGUUGAAGUACUAUUGUGCUGAUUGCAAUCACUUCCUGUGUGAAGACUGCGCUAGGGCUCACAGAAAAAUGAAAGCUCUUAGUGGUCAUCAGGUUAAAGAAAUUGGGAAAUUCAAGCCUAGCGAUGCCCGAGAUUACGCCAGGAGAGCAAAUGUUUGCAAGAAACACAACGAUGAAGUGCGAUUUUAUUGUGAACAAUGCGUGAUAUGUAUUUGCCGUGACUGCGCCAUAUUGGAUCAUCGAGACCACAACAUCGUUUCGCUUGACAACGGAUUACAAAAGAAGAAAUCAGAAAUUGAGAAUAAGAUGCAAGAAGUCCAGGCAAAUGUUCCUCGUUUGAAGAGCGAAAAAGAAUUCCUCGAAAAGCAAAGAAUAAGAAUGAACAAAAGCGUCGAACAAGCGACACAAGAAAUACACAGAACGGUGGAAAGGAACAUAGAAUUGAUUCGCCAGCAUGAAGCAAGCAUGACCGAUCGACUAAUGAAGCAGAAAGAAACUUUCGAUGCUGCAUUUUCAAACACAAUGACCAGCCUGGACGAAAAACUGGUUGAAAUAGAGAGCAGCUUGGACUUUGGCAACGAAAUACUUCAACGAAAUAAUUUACCAGAGAUUCUAAACGUGGAAGAAGUGCUUGAACAAAGGUUUCAGGAACUUAUGGAGCCUUGUGCAUUUAACUUGAAGGCAAAUUAUUCCGCCGUCAAAUACGUUUCAAAUGACUUGUCGUCCCUGAAAGAUUCACCGGGGAAGUUACUCACGACAAACACUGAACCUUCGUCAACCAUGGUGGAUAGCAUGGCCCUGACAGAGGGUGCCGUACAAGGCGAAGAUUGCACUUUUACAGUGAUUACAAAGGAUUCACAGGGAAUUAAAACCUACAGUGAAAUUGACAUGGUUGAAGUUUGCAUCCAGUCUCUCCAGACGAGAAAAACCUUGGAGGCCACCAUAACAGACUCAAAAGAUGGCUGCUAUAAAGUAUCAUACAGACCUGAAGCUGCAGGAGAGUUCAAUGUUGUCAUAACAGUGGCAGGCGAAGCGAUCAAGGGAAGUCCCUUCCACUUGAAAGUGAAAGAAAGAAAGUUGAGAGGAGAAAAGAAAGCAAAACAUACGGAAUCGCCAGGUAUCUGUUUUUAAUUCUACUUUUUUUCUUUGAUUAAAUUUUUCAUCGUGCGGGGUGCAACAAGCACAUGGUUGAUGAUUUAGAUGGCUUUACAUUCCAACUCU